CUUAUGACGCGCCGUCUUCCUGUUUCCUUCAGCUGUGUCUUAAAGUGAAUCUUGUUGGUGGAGGAGAGCUCGAGCAUCAAAGCUCUGCAUCGCGUGCGCCUCGGAGACAGACACUCACACCAGCUGCUACGACAUCACCGCCACAGUCUUUCAGUCUCGAGAGGAGAGGAUAGAGGAGAGCGGCGGAAAAUAGCUAUUUUAUGUAUUUUUUUCUGUUCUACGCGCACGCUUAUCACUCACUUUACUCUUGCUCUUCCUUCCCCGAGCAAUUAUAAUAUUCAACGUCUCCCGGGGGAAGACUGCAUAUUCACUUUCAGCAGUAAAAAGGAGCUCGCUUUUCUCUUCAUCUGCGGGGUGUUAUUCAGCAGCGGUCCUAGAGGAGUGGCUUUGUGGGAUAUGGCCCAAUAGCAGCAGCCCGUGAUGCCGGACCAUGACAGCGACUCCCUCCUGAGCAGACAGACCAAGAGAAGACGUGUGGACAUCGGUGUGAAGAGGACAGUGGGCAGCACCGCCGCCAACACAGCAGCAGCUACAACCAGCGCCGACAUUGCCUGCGCCAAAGCAGCCAUCUUCAGUGCCAUGAACUCUCUCAACUCCCACCACCACAGCUCCGACGCAGACUCCACAGACUGCUCCAUGGUGCAGCCACACGGCCCCACUGGGGUCGUCACAGCAACCGACAGCGACUCCAAGUCCAACGUGCUCCGGAAGCUCCUGAAGAGAGCCAACUCGUACGAAGAUGCCAUGAUGCCCUUCCCUGGUGCCACCAUCAUCUCCCAGCUCCUCAAGAGCAACAUGGCCAAGAAUGGAGGAGGAGAGAGAGGAGAGAGAGGGGAGAGGGGGGAGAGAGGAGAGAGAAGAGACGGGGGGUUCCCCGGGUCGGGCCUCUCAAGUGGGGGUUCCGAAGCUCCCCAGGAGGACGCCUGCAGUAACUCGUCUCAGGACAGCCCCCAAGAGUGCCUCUCCCCCUUCGGCCGCCCCUCGGCUCUUGGUGCCUUCGACCUAGAGCGCCUCAACGAUGAGCACCUGCGGGCCAAACGCGCCCGCGUGGAGAACAUCAUUCGAGGCAUGAGCCACUCGCCCAGCGUGGUGGUGCCCGCACGCCAUCACGGAGAGCGGGACCGUGAACGGGAACAACGUGAACGGGAGAGGGAGCGAGAGAUGGACGGGAACAGGGAGAUGGAGAUGGACUGCCCCCCACAGCCGCCUAGCCCCAGGGGAGAGGUGUGCAGCCGGGAGAACAAGAGGAAGCAGCGCCUGCCCCAGCAGCAGCAGCAGAGCUUCACCCAGCUGGUGUGCCAGCGUAAAGAGCAAAAGCAGGAGGAGCGCAGGCAGCUGAAGCUGCAGCUGGAGGACAUGCAGAAGCAGCUGCGCCAGCUGCAGGAGAAGUUCUUCCAGAUCUAUGAUUCCACCGACGAUUCUGAGCACGACCUGGCUCACGACCUGGGCAACAUGUCUGAGGACAGCGCCGGGAGGUCCGAUGCUGGGGGAGAUGACCGGGCAGACCGCUCCGACAACGAGAUGUCAGACCUGGACCCAGGACACUUCCUGGACCGGGCCAGGGCAUUGCUCCAGGAGCAGGCCCUGUUGGCGGAGGGUAACAAGCCCAGGAGAGAGGGGCUGGUCCGGGGGAAAGGUCCUGGUCAGGGUCCUUCCUCCUCCAUGCACCAUGCGGAGGGCAAGCAGCUGGCUGAGACGCUGAAACAGGAGCUCAACUCAGCCAUGAACCAGGUGGUGGACACGGUGGUCAAGGUGUUCGCCAAGCCCCCACGCCCCGCACCCCCCCAGGUCUUCUCGCCCCUCCCCAUGCCCCCAGAGAGGUUCGGGGUCAACGGUGAGGGCCCCAACUUCCACACAGCCAACCAGCGCCUGCAGUGCUUUGGUGACGUCAUCAUUCCCAACCCCCUGGACUCGUUCGGUGGCAUGCCCAUGCCUGGCGCCAACGACCAGACAGAGGCGCUGCCCCUAGUGGUGAGGAAGACUCAGACAGAACACCAUCACCAGUCCUCAGCUGUGGGCGCCCACGGGGGCCACCACCACCCUUCCCUGCACCCCUCCUCCCUCUCUGCCUCCAUGGGAUUCAGCCCCCCGUCUUUCCGCCACCCCUUCCCCCUGCCUCUCAUGGGCUACCCCUUCCCGAGCCCCCUGGGCCCACCCUCCGGGGGUUACCCAGGGAAGGACCACUCCUCCCCAGACUCCAUGGACCUGUCCAGGGAGACCACCAGCCUGCGGACCAAGAUGUCUUCAGUGCAUCACAUGGGGCACCACCACAGGUCGCUCUCUCCCAGCCACCCCGGGAGCACCGCAGAGGGGCUCUCCCUGUCCCUCAUCAAGUCAGAGUGUGGAGACAUGAGCGACAUGAACGACAUCUCACCAUACUCAGGCAGCACCAUUCAGGAGGGUCUCUCCCCCAACCACCUGAAGAAGGCCAAGCUCAUGUUCUUCUACGCCCGCUACCCCAGCUCCAACAUGCUCAAGAUGUUCUUCUCCGACGUCAAGUUCAACCGUUGCAUCACGUCCCAGCUCAUCAAGUGGUUCAGUAACUUCCGAGAGUUCUACUACAUCCAGAUGGAGAAGUUUGCCCGGCAGGCCAUCAACGACGGUGUCACCGGGGUGGAGGAGAUGAGCGUCAGCCGUGACUGCGAGCUCUACCGAGCCCUCAACAUGCACUACAACAAGGCCAACGACUUUGAGGUUCCAGAGCGGUUCCUGGAGGUGGCUCAGAUCACGCUGCGUGAGUUCUUCAAUGCCAUCGUGGCAGGCAAAGACGUGGACCCAUCCUGGAAAAAAGCCAUUUACAAGGUGAUCUGCAAGCUGGACAGCGAUGUGCCCGAGGUCUUCAAGUCACCCAACUGUCUCCAGGAGCUUCUACAUGAGUAACCAUCCCUGCUCCGCCCCCCCCCCCCCCCGCCCGACGCUUUCUGCUUUUUCAGAUUUUCAGAUUUGUAUUUCUUUCCCUAUUCUAUGAUUUUCCUGUUUUUUGUUCAAGUAUGAAGUAUGAAGUAGCAUUCCGCCCCAUCUGAAGCCUCCUGGCCUGGUCCUAAAUGAUCUAACUAUUGUGUUGUUGUUAUUCCCAUGAUUAGGAUUAUUAUUUGUUUUUUAAAUGAUUCUGCUGAUCUGAAGAGACGUUGAUCCUAUUGGGUGUUUUGGACUGUGUGAACCCUGACCUUUCUGCCCUGAUUGACUAGAAACACUAGGGAGGGAUCCCCACUAUGCGCAGGGAGGGGCUUCCCACUAUCCUGUACCCUACCUACUCUAAGGAGGACCCUACAAUCCUAGUGUGGUCACCAAUAGACUUUGGCCACUACACUACAGAGGGGCCCUAUGUUACUGGGGUGCUCAAUAGGCUCACGCCACUGUGCAAGGUUGCUCCCUAAUAGGUGGUUCCCACUACUAUGGCUGUCCCAGGGAGGACAACACACUACACCAUGCUGCCUGCAGCCUAAUGACUUUAUUAACUGCUGGACAAUACUGGACUACUAGUUAGUACUGGUCUGGACUGGUAUACCUGUCUGGACUACUAGUACUGGUCUGGACUGGUAUACUGGUCUGGACUACUAGUACUGGUCUGGACUGGUAUACUGGUCUGGACUACUAGUACUGGUCUGGACUGGUAUACCUGUCUGGACUACUAGUACUGGUCUGGACUGGUAUACUGGUCUGGACUACUAGUACUGGUCUGGACUGGUAUACGUGUCUGGACUACUAGUACUGGUCUGGACUGGUAUACUGGUCUGGACUACUAGUACUGGUCUGGACUGGUAUACCUGUCUGGACUACUAGUACUGGUCUGGACUGGUAUACUGGUCUGGACUGACUAUACUGGUCUGGAAUGGUAUACUGGUCUGGACUACUAGUACUGGUCUGGACUGGUAUACUGGUCUGGACUGGUAUACUGGUCUGGACUGGUAUACUGGUCUGGACUACUAGUACUGGUCUGGACUGGUAUUCUGGUCUGGACUACUAGUACUGGUCUUGACUGGUAUACUGGUCUGGACUACUAGUACUGGUCUGGACUGGUAUUCUGGUCUGGACUACUAGUACUGGUCUGGACUACUAGUACUGGUCUGGACUACUAGUACUGGUCUGGACUACUAGUACUGGUCUGGACUGGUAUCAGCCACCUAAUGAGCUCUACCAUGAUGUUUUGAAGUGUGUUUUCUGCGAGUAGGGUAUUGUGUUUAUUGAGUGUAUAUUAUUCUUAUUCUUGUUGUUGUUAUUAUUAUUAUUUGUCAUCAUUGCUUGCUAAAGAUUGGCACAGAUUUGUUUGUCUCUUGACAACGUUACAGAAAAUAAAUUAUUAUUAAUAUUC